AUGGCACACAUCCCGGAGCCUCGGGUAGAGGCCGCUGAGGAGCCCCAGGGGCUCAAAGAGGACGCCGCUGGGCCCGAAGCAGAGCCGCCGACUUCAGAAGAAGAGCUCCGGGCCUCGAAGUCCCCAGAGGAGCCCCUGGAGGAGUCCCUCGAUGCCCCAGUGGCAGAGGCCGACCCCUCGCCGAGGGCGCUGGAGAGUGAAAGCAAGGGAAGCUUCAUGGCCACUGCGCUUCAGCCGGAGCAGGGCUAUACCAGCGACCUAAGCAAGCUCCCGGCGUCGAACACAGGCUACAGCUACCCACAGUUUGUGGAGCGCUUCAAGGCCCCUCGAUGCAAGGACCAAUCGGCACAGCCCGUGGUGAACGAAGUUCGGGACUUCGUGAACCGCUUCCCGGCGAACCUCACACGCUUGCAGGCUGCACGCCGGAUCCAUGCUUUCCUGGCGGAGGUGACGCCGAAGCUUCUGGCGGCGAAAGCCUUCCGGGAUGGUGGGGAGAAUAUCGCCUCAGAGCUUGCGAAUGAAGGCUUGGAGAAGUUUGUCCUGAAGCUGUACAAGUUGCUCUUCCGCCACGAUCCUGCCGACAUCCGGGAGGACGAGAGAGUGGAGCAGGCACUUCGAAGUGCAGCCAAGGGGGCGAGCGCGAACCAAGCAGCCGUCUCCAAGUUCGACGCCAAGCAGCUCGAGGUCUUCGAUGCUGCGGUGCUGGAGCUGCAGAUGGUGGAGCAGCACAGGGCGCCAAGAGAUAAGCUGAGCUGCUUCGUGAAUGCCAUCCGGCUCCUCGAGAGCAUCGUGGUGGAGCGCGUCUUCCGGCAAAGAGGAGAGGGCCAGCAGACGAACUGGGAGCAGCUGUUGGCUGCACUGAUUUUGAAGGCUUCACCCCCAAAUCUCUAUUCCAAUCUGGAGUUUACUGCAGCUUUCAGACAUCCAUCGCUCAUGGGCCCCGAUGAACGGAAAGCCCUUGCCGACCUGGCCAGCGCGUUCCUCGCAGUCAUCGGCGGCAGCUCCCGGCGCCUUGCUUCCGCUGAGCUCGCCGAGAACUCGGUGGGACAGUCUGGCUCUAUGCCCUUGUGGCUGAUGGAUGCUGGUGUCACUUUCAACUUUUCCGACCGCUCCUCUGAUGACCUCUCCCUGGGAGAGGUGGACGAACUCUUGGACGAGUACCAGAGGAUGAUUCGUGCCAUACGUGCCAGGCUGGAGAUGGAGAAGGAGGAGCGCGAGCCUGACGAACACUUAACAGAGCCCUUGGAAUUCAAGGAACUCUUCAAGACAUCAAGGUGGAACUAUCGACCUGAGUUUGAUGGGGUGGUCGGAAUCCUAUUGUCCGCAGUCGUCGCCUGGGAGGAAGACUUCCGCGAGGUGCGGCGGACUUCAGCUGAGAUCAGGGUGAUCACGCCGCCGGAGCUCCUUGCGAAGCUUCAUAAGACCCAUGGUAGGAUCUCGGGAUCCACGGCCACCUUCGGAGCUCCCUUCUAUGGUGACACUGUGAAGGGUCGGCUGGUUUAUGGCAUCUCGAAGAACAAGGAUAACCACUGCACCCCGCAGGACUACGAUGUCCCGAAACCCGAGACUUUCGAGACAGAAGGCAGCACGCACUACCAGAAGGUGAAGCUCCUAAACAUCAUUAUCGUGCGUCGGGGGAAAUGCUCGUUCACCACGAAGGUUAAGGUGGCUCAAGACAAGGGCGCCCACGCAGUAAUCAUUGUGGAUCGCGAGGACUCUUCCUAUACAGCCGAGGGCCUUGCGAACAUAAUCGUUGCUGACGAUGGCUAUGGCAGCGGCGUGCACAUUCCCUCUAUCCUGAUCUCGAAGGAUGACGGGCAGCAGCUCAUCAAUACGGUCCAGUCCACAGAGGUAGUCAUCGAGUUAGCAUGGAAUGUGCCAACCGAUCACGUCGUCACCAUGGACAUGUGGAUGAGCUCGGGCUCCAGUGAGUCCAUGCAGUUCAUCAAGGACUUCGCCCCUAAACGAAAGGAACUCAAUCAGGUGAUGAUUUUCAACCCACACUAUGCCGUCUUCUCAAUGGAGAAGACGAACCCAGCGGUCUACUCGGGGGUCUGUCUCGACGAAGGCAAGUAUUGCGCGAAUGAUCCCGAUGGUGCCGGGGACGUGACAGGCAAGGAUGUCCUUCUUGAGGAUGUGCGGCAGCUCUGUAUCCAUGAAACUACCAAGGUCACCAGGGCGAGUAUGGAGGUUAUGCAGGGGCUCAAGAUUGUGGAGUAUGCAGAGAAGUAUUGGGACUACAUGGAGAAGUAUCCGCUCAAGUGCCCAGUAGAUGGUUCAGGAUCCAACAAGUUCGGCGAAGAGUGUUCCAUCCAAGUCAUGAAAGAGGUGAACAUCAACCCUGACGAGAUCAUCCAGUGUGCGAUGACGACGAGGUGGGAGAAGCUGAAGCAGCAGCUUCAGAACACAGCCUGGUCGGACCAGGCCAUCAGGGUCAACGGCUGGCGUUUCAGCGGCGUCGUCACCGCAGAUCUGGUGGUCCGCGCGGUCUGCUCGGGGUUCAUCCACGAGCCGACCGAGUGCGCGAACCUGAUCGAGUUUCGGGAUGUUUUCAAGCCCUAUCAGGUUCCGGUGAGUACUGGCGUGAGCUUUGGGGAGUUGCUCGCCUGGCUCUUUGCCACGGUCGGCCUUGGCUUCGUCUGUAUGCUCAUGUACAAGAGGUACCUGAAGAGGGAGAUGCACAGCACUCUCAGGGAAGAGGUCAUGCUGGAGGUGCAGGCACAGAUGGGCGACUACGCUCAACUCCGUGGCGCGUGA